AUGGACUACUCCUACCUGAACUCGUACGACUCCUGCAUGGCGGCCAUGGAGGCCUCGGCGGCCUACGCCUCGGACUUCGGCUCCUCCUGCAGCCAAGGCGGCUUCCAGUACUCGCCCCUUCGAGGCUCCUUCGCCGCCGCCGCCGCCGUGGCCGCCGCCGCCGCCGCCUCCGGAGCCCCGUCAGCAGCAGCACACCACCAUCAGCCCCAGGCCGGGCCCUACGCCGCCCCCGUCCCCUACAAGUUCUUCUCGGAUCCCUCCACCAUCAACGAGAAAAGGAAGCAGCGCAGGAUCCGGACCACCUUCACCAGUUCUCAGCUGAAGGAGCUGGAGAGGGUCUUCGCAGAGACUCACUACCCGGAUAUCUACACCAGAGAGGAGCUGGCCCUCAAGAUAGACCUCACCGAAGCCAGGGUCCAGGUCUGGUUCCAGAACCGUCGCGCCAAGUUCCGCAAGCAAGAGCGGGCAGCCAAUGCCAAGGGGCAAAAUGGCAACACCAACAGCAGCAGUUCCUCCUCGGGCAACAAGAAGGCCGACCCGCGUUCCUCCUCCGAGGACGACGAGUCCAAGGAGUCCAACUGCAGCCCCACGCCGGACAGCACAGCCUCCUUGCCCUCCGCCAGCAACCUGAACAGUCCUGGGGGCAGCCUCAGCCCCAGCCCUGGCACCGGUCAGCCUGGCAUGGGGCCCGGCCACGCCGCCCAGGCCCUCAAGAACCAGGCUCUGUGGGCCGGGGUCAGCACCAGCAAUGGGGCCACCAACACCGCUGACCUCCUGAAGGCCUGGCAGCCAGCUGAAGCCAUGCCAGGGCCCUUCUCCGGCGUCCUCUCCUCUUUCCAUAGGAAGCCAAACCCACUCAAGGCGAACCUCUUCUAACUCUCCCUGGAAGGGCCAGGGUCCCCAAAGGUGGCCAACCCCAUUGGGCUUCCCUCCAAAAUAUAUUUCCCCCUUCCUUUCUCCUUUCUCACCCACCUUCUGCCCUCCUGCCGCUGUCCCAAUGGGACCAAGGCUUUGGGAACGGCUAUUCUUGUGGCUGAAACUCAAGGGAACCUCAGCCCUUGCCUCCUCCACAUCUCUAGCUCUAGCCAGGCCACUUUCAACCGUGUCUCGCCAGACUGACCCCUCCAAGUCCCUCCUCAUGACCUCCCUUGGCCACCAGACCCAUCAAAGACUAGGCCCAAAGUGUCUCCGCUUUCCAAACCUGAGUGAAAGAGGGGCUCUCAAUAAUGCAGCUGGUGGUGUCUCCAAAAACACCCUUCGCGGCUUCUUCUGCAGAUGCCCUACAAAGGCCAACGCAAGGAUGCCAUUCUCAGUGAAGAAAUGGUUUUGCUCUCUGCUGACCUCUGGCCUUGCUUAGAUCAAGGCUUUCCAAGAUGCCUAAUGUGACAAAUGGUCAGCUCCUUCCCCCCUUUGUGCCAGGGUCCAGUGCCCUAAUUGUGCCAUAUUAGUACCAGAUCUUUCUUUCUUCCUUUCUCGGACGCUCACUGUGGAUCAGCAGCCCCCGGCUCGUGGCCAGACACUGGAUUGAGACUGCCAUUUUAAGUAGCCAUUUUGAGAUGUCUGUAUUAGAGGAGGUGACCGGAGGGGUCCUGGUUUCCGCUAUUUCCCCCGCAUCCGUUCCGCCACCAAGGACUACGGUUGUCUGCCGUCAGGUCAUCUGUGGCCAUAAGAAGGGAGAAGCAGUGGCUUCCCAAAGGGCUAGAGGGCAAGCCAGGGACCCGAAGCCUCCAUUUGCUUCCUAGCUGUGUUGCCUUGAAAGUACCACAUUUCCAUUUCGGGGAAGGUGCUGAGGAUCUGAAGUUCAGGGGACUGGCCAAGGAUGUACCCUGGCUAUCAGUCUUUGGACUGUUAGGGAUAUUGUGUUGGAGCAAGAGGUGGAGCAGGUUGGACGCAAGCACAGGAGAACGUGGGACACAGACCAGAGGGCACACCACCCAGCCAAGGGACCAGUCUUCCUUCCACUCCACCACCUCCAGGCCAAGGUCCAUCUUCUUCCCUCCCAGACUUCAGGGCUUCCUUUGGACUUUUACUGAUGACACACACCUUGGCCAUGGUCUGUCUUUCCAGGAUCAGCCAUGCACUGCAAGGCAGGAAAGUUGGAGACAUCAUUGCAUGGGAGCCCAUGUUUCAACCCUUUCAUUGAUUCCACCUGGAACUAUUGGGCCUGACCUGUCCCCUGAAAUGGCUGCCAUUUUUGGCCAACUGUCCAUCAACCUGGUGGUGAAAUCUCCAGCAGCCGCCAAAAAAUGAAAAAGGUGACUGGAAACCAUCUGGGGGAAAGCACCAGGGCAAACCAGUUUGGCAAUUUCUCUUUCCAAGAUGCACUUCGCCAUAUGCCUCUGGUCCAGAGCCGAUUGGAGGCUGUCUGAGGAAACUGGAGGAAGCCCCUGUUGGGAAGGACCCCUGAGCAAAGCCCUUCUUGCCAUCAUUCUCAUAUGUGCCAGUGGUAAAUAUUACAGGGAGUAUUACCUGCCUAAGGAUAGCAAAAGAGCCCUUUAAACUGGCCAGUUGUCUCGGGUGAAUCCCAGGGGUCUCGGCCGGUCGCGUGAGAUCAAGGCUUCAUCUCCCCAUCCAGCUGGGCCUCCUCCUCUUUAGAUGGUAAUAUGUGUAUGAUUUCUCUUAUUGCAAAAUGUGAAAA